AUGUCAGGUGCUCCCCGCGUUGAGCUCCCCAACACGGAUACCGAUUUCGACCUCCAGCAAACCCCCAACGGCACUCCAGACUUCCUAUCGGAAAUGGACGGCUCUUCUGCCCCGCAGACCAACGGCAACGCCAACAAGGACCUGCAAAACAGCGCAAUCAAGGCAAAGAAUGGAAUUCUAGAGAGUCCCGUUGCACAGAAUGUCAAGGCUGAGGGCGCAAAGACGCGCAACGAGUUUGCUGAUCUCGCCAACUCCAAGACGAUUCCCGAGCACAAGGCAGCGACUGGCCAGAAUCUCACUCACUACCACAGCAUGUUCUACCGCCUGUUGAGCUGGAAGAACCCCCGCGCUACCGGAAUAGCGUUCGGUGCGACUGUCCUCUUCAUCUUCGCCGCCCGAUACCUGAACCUGAUCCGCUACAUGUUCAAGAUGUCCUACAUGGUGCUCGGACUUACGGCAGCCGCUGAGGUUGUCGGAAAGAUGGCUCUCGGACGUGGUCUUACUUCGCAGUUCAGGCCCCGCCAGUACUACACCAUUCCCAAGGCUUCGCUUGAGCGCAUGACCGACGACUUCGAGCAGCUCAUUAACUUCUUCGUUAUUGAGUCUCAACGUAUCAUGUUCGCCGAGAACGUCUACGUCACUGUUGCUAUGUUCUUCGCUUCCUUCAUCUCCUACUUCCUCAUCAAGUUCGUCCCCCUCUGGGGCUUGGCUUUGAUCUCGACAUUUAUUACCUUCCUCGGUCCCCUCAUCUACAUCCAGAACAAGGAGGUCAUUGAUGCUCAGUUGGAGAAGGGUUACAACGUCGCCAACCAACAGGCCCAGCAGGUCAAGGGUCUUGCUAACCAGCACGCUGGAAAUGCCAUGAAGACUGUCCAAGGAUACACCCAGCAGGCCACGGCCAAGGCCCAGGAGACCGUCAACCAGUACCGCGGGCGUUCCACUUCCCCAGAGGUCAAGAAGGAGGCUUUCCCUUCUGCCCCAACCCACGCACCCGCUACUGAGGAGUCCUCCGACGAGGAGCUCGAGGAUGAGAAGCCCGUCGCGCAGCCUGCUCUAUAA